AUCACUGAUCAAUCAGUUACAACAUAUCGUUUUCGUGUUCAACCGAUGGUUUGUCCACUUUUUCUACUUGCCAAUCGAACUGAUCGGAGAGCCCAUCGAAUUUUUACGUUUUACAACCCUUUACACGCUUCGUUAAGGUCACUGAACAGAUCACGUCAAAUUACCGCGGCAUUGCGUUUAUCGAAAAAAAACAAUCAUUUAAAAAAAUCCCUCGGGAGGUCCAUUGUGAAAGACGAUUUAGAUGCUUUGUGGUGCAGCGUCAAAAACACAAUGAAAAACUGGUGAAGGCACGAGAAAUAUACUGCUCAUCUUUUUUUGACCAAAUUUUAUUUUAUUCAAUUAGUUUCUAGUAAUACCUUUCGUAAUUUCAAUUGAUCUGUUUAAUAGUAACGAUAUAAGCCUCAGCUCAGCUGAGCUUCGGCGGUUUGCCAUCUUGUGUUUACCUUUACAUGUUGUUUAUUUGCCUCCUGCGCAAUGAACCAAUAGGAGCAUUCGUAAGAAAUUGUCGUAAAAUCUUUCACCAAUCACAACCUGCGUCUAAUCUUGACAUAAUCACCGGAUAAUGGCGGAAGGUGCUAGUACGGGACCGGCAGAAAGAAGUCCAAAUUUGCCCUUGGAUCUUAUAAAUAAGCCUAGCGAAAAUCCAGAAAAGUCUCCCUCAAACGAGCGAAUUUUCUCUCCAGAUUCAGCCAGACGGCAUCGAUUUUUUAACGAGCCCUCCAAGUUUGCGGCUGUUGUUGGACAAGUCAUAGUUCAGAAGAAACAUGAUGUCUACCAGACUUUGCAGGAGACUUUGGAAGUUCUCAACGAUGAAGCAGUCGUGUCGAGGGAUUCUCACAAGAAAGAAGGCUUGUGGUGUCAUCCCUUUGAAAUCCCUCGUCAUCCAAUAGAACAGAUUGAGCUGAAGAAUGAAGAAAUCGAGCUGCAAAGGCAACAUUCAAACUUAAUACAGAAUUGGACUCCAAAUGAUAUCACGGAGAUAGAACAGGUCAUGAAGAAAGAGAAAGAAGACCCUGUGGUACAGAGCGAUGACCGGUGUACAUUUUAUCAAAAACUGUCCAUUUCGGGUGGAGAUAUUAGCGGGGUAUGUUUAUUUUGGUGCUUUAAUGUUGUGUAUGUCAAAUAAAACACAAGUUUAGUACAGCAAUUAAGUUUGCAUAGCUCGUGUAGGCUAAAUAAAUAUGUAAGGGCCUUUCUUAUNACUGCUCGUAAGCUGAAGACUGUUCAUUCAGAUUUUGAUGCGGAAACUCAUUAUUUUCAUUUGAAGACACAGGCUAGUGAAGAAGAGUUUGAUACCUGCCUUCAGCCAUUCUCUGUCCAGUCACCAUAUGAGAUUGAUGUCCCGGGUGACUGCGGAUACCUGUUUGAAAUGAUUGAUGGCGUCAUUCAGAUUACAGCUUGCAAAAGGGAAAUGUCCAAUAUGGCUACUGUUAGUGAUAGUUCCAAACCUGUGAUACACCACAGCCCCAGCCUGGAGGAAUUUUUUGAAGAUCAAAAUAUUCUUCUGGCUCUGUCAACCCAUGGACCUAUAGGGGAUAGGAACACUUUCCAUCGGUUUGACAAGUUCAACACUAAAUACAAUCCUAUAGGUGAAAGCAGGUUGAGGGAAAUCUUUCUCAAGACAGACAACCAUAUCAAUGGUCGGUACUUUGCAGAGAUGAUGAAAGAAGUUAUGGCCGACUUGGAAGAAAGCAAGUAUCAGAAUGCCGAGUACAGGCUCUCCAUUUAUGGCCGAGCAAAAAAUGAGUGGGAUGUUUUAGCUUCUUGGGCAGUGAAGAAUGAUAUGUACUCUGAUAAUGUGCGCUGGCUAAUUCAGAUUCCACGACUGUAUGACAUCUAUCAUUCAAAGGACCUUGUGAAAAAUUUCCAAGAGAUGCUGGAAAACAUUUUCAUUCCAUUAUUUGAAGCGACAGUUAACCCCCAAUCUCACCCUGACCUUCACAAGUUUCUCACACAGGUUGCUGGCUUUGACAGUGUAGAUGACGAGAGUAAAGCAGAGACCCAUUUGUUUACAAAAAGGAGUCCUUUGCCCGUAGACUGGAACACCAAUGAUAAUCCGCCAUACUCUUAUUAUCUCUAUUACAUGUACUCCAACAUGGUGGUCCUCAACCAUUUGAGAAAAGAGCGUGGCUUUAACACCUUUGUAUUGCGACCUCACUGUGGUGAAGCAGGACCUGCCCAUCAUUUGGUUUCAGCCUUUAUGCUUGCUGAGAACAUCAAUCAUGGUCUUCUUCUCAGAAAGGUGCCAGCCCUCCAAUACCUCUACUACUUGGCUCAAAUUGGUAUUGCCAUGUCACCCCUUAGCAACAACUCCCUCUUCCUUAACUACCAGAGGAACCCUCUGCCAGAUUUCCUGGCCCGUGGACUGGUGGUAUCUUUGUCGACAGAUGACCCACUUAUGUUCCAUUUUACCAAGGAACCUCUGAUGGAGGAGUACAGUAUUGCAGCGCAGGUGUGGAAACUCAGUCCAUGUGACAUGUCAGAAUUGGCCAGAAACAGUGUUGUUAUGAGUGGCUUUGAGGAUGAGGUGAAACGUCAUUGGAUUGGCGACGAUUACAUGAAAGAAGGAGUAGCGGGGAAUGACGUACACAGAACCAAUGUCCCCGAUAUCCGCGUGGCAUUCCGUCACGAGACUUUGGUGGAGGAAUUAAGCACGAUCUGCACUGCUGCACGUGUUUGAACCACGCCAUUUACACGUGUCCAGAUUCAUACUGCACGUGUUCACAAUUCAUAUUCUUCCCACGACAGUCUAAGUGAAGCAAAACUCAGGACUGAGUUUACAAGAAGGCAAAACAAUUAUAGCAGUAUGGUCUUAAUUAUUUUUAAAAGUAAUUCAAUGAAACAAUGCUCACAGUGAUAGCGUUUUUAUUUUUUUUGACGGCAUUUUUUGAAUACAAUGCAAAUAGUUCAGAUCAAAAAGAGACAUUCUAUAUUGGCGUUAUUUUAGUUGAAUUUAACAAGUACUCAAUUUUAAACUGAAAAAAAUAUAUAUAUGUCAUAUAUCAUAUUUACAUAAUUUUGAAAGGUUAUUCAACGGUUGUUACAAUUAAUUAUUUAGAAACUUAGUACUUAAGUUUGGCUGAAACUGUUAGAGUUAUUUAUUUGAGCUCAUAUUUCAAUUUAUAGCGUAAACAUUAGUCCCAACUUAUCUGUCUUUUUUCCGAAAUAUGUGUGGUUCCAGAAAAUAUCUAUACCCAUCCAAAGGAGGGUUAUUGAAAAAAUCCAAGGGGCGGCGGCGUCUCAAAAACCAGCAUUUUGUUAAGGAAAGCAUGAACCAAAACUUGAAUUUCCAGCAGUUUGGGGAGGGGGGGAGGUGGGUGGGCAUCAAGUUAAAAAACCUUCCGUGGGAGGGGUAUGGAUAUUUUCUGAAACAACACAAUGUAUGGUAUGUACAAAAUAUGGGUUAUUUAAGUUUUAUUUUAAACUGAAUAUCAUCUUUGGCGGGGUACGCUAGCAUAGAUAUGAUAAACUUAAUGUACAGAGCAAAUUAUCUAUUCAGUCAUCGGUAGUCAAUUCAAUUAAAGUUUUCAGCUACAAAGCGUCUGUAUAUUUUGUUUUACUGUAGUUGUGGGAUAAACAACACUUAAAAAGUUCGCCUUUUACUGUUGUAGCAUCCUCAUAGGAUGCAAAUUUUCAAGAGCGCCCUCGAGGAGAAAAUUCCAGUUCUUUCUUCCUUGUCAAUGUGAAACUCAUUAUGACGUCAUAUAUGUUACUAUGGUACUUAUCAGCUUUAUGAGGCAUUUUCAAAUUUUUAGAACAAAAAUUUGGCACCAAUCGUUUGGGGGAAUGGAAUGUUCAGUAGUUGCUAGAAAGGGAAAAAGGCCCUCGAAACAUGAAAAGUUGCCGAAAAGUUGCCGAGCAACUUGUGGAAAUGCGACUGAGUAGGGAGAAAACGAGGAGGGAAUUUCCCAGGUCAACCCAUUUGUCGAAUCCCAUUCGGAAAAUCACUCAGAUGCAGUUUUUGUGGUCAAUUAGCUUCAUGUCUGUUGUAUUUUUUGCAGAAUUUGUUGAAAUUCGACCAAUUUUCUGAACGGUUUUAUCCUUCUUUGUUCAAAAGGUGAUCAAUUAUAAUUGACUUGGAUACCUUUAAACGCUCAAGAAAUUUUAUCAAGAGUUUUGGUCCACUUUAUAAGGGAUCCCGGGCUAACGAUUUACAAUGUAAGGAAGUAAAACUCACUACUUCAGUCACACGUACUGCCAAAUAUUUCUUGGUGAACUAGAAUCAAAAGGGUUAUAAAAGGACAACGCCAGGAGUCUAGUAAUUAAUGCGCAUUCUUGCCCAAAUGUUUUAUCGCGUCGUAAAGCAUUAAUUCUUUUUGGUGGAGGAGGAGGUAGGCAAUUUCCCAAAUAAAAACAUACGCAGCGGAAAAAGAGAAAAUUUUAACAAGCAGAGAUCCAACGUGCUACCUCACGCCCUCGUCGUGGGUCCUGGGCAACGUUAAGGCGCCAAGCGGGGGUCUGGUGAAGGUACAAAGGCCAGCCACCACGUGCUGAAUGAAGCCUUAGCAAAUCUUCGGGGACAUGGGUCCCCAGCUUCAGAAUUGGUUCAUGGAAUGCUUGUAGUAUGUACGAGCAAGGAAGAUGUGCCCAGAUAGUGAAGGAGAUGAAGAGAUACAGUUACUAUUCUUGGAGUAAGCGAGAUGAGGUGGAACACCUGUCGAUUAUUGCGGAAGCAUUUGCAGAGACCAUCCUGUACUCUGGAAACCCCAACGAAGGUGAUCCUCAUAUGAAGGGAGUGGGUAUUAUCUUUUCAAGGAUGGCUGCAGAUAGCCCGCUAGCAAGGCAGCCGGUCUCGGAACGAAUCAUCACAGCCAGAUUCGCCUCCAAAUGCCAAAGGAUGUGAAUUAUACAAGACUAUGCUUCAACUAACGAUGCAACUGGCGAGGAAAAAGAGGCUUCCUACCACCAGCUUCAAACAGAAGACGAUCGAACACUAAGAAGAGAAAUGACCCUUGUCGUAGGAGAUUUUAAAGGUUGAAAUUGGCAAUUACUAUGCUGACUGAUGGAGACUGUCGUAAGU